AUCCCCUCCGCCUGCGGGCCGUGCUGUGCCACGGCGGGUCAGCCUCUGCAGUUUGUGAGGGGACGCUGCCUCUGCGAGGACCCCCGGGUUUUCUGGCUUCAGUGUGCCCAUGAAGCUUCUUUCAGUAGGAACACGCUCUGUGUCGUCAGUUUGGAGUAGGUUGAGUCCAGGAGACAUACUGCUUGCCCACUGAAUAGCGCUAUGUUUGCACAUUGGUUGUGCCUUACCGAUUUAUUCAGCUUUUGAAUUGGAGCAGGGGGUUAAGAAUCACCAGCAAAUUGAAAAGCACAAAGCUGCAACAUGUCGGGCCGAAGUGGGAAGAAGAAAAUGUCCAAACUCUCACGCUCAAGCAGGGCGGGCGUUAUUUUCCCUGUGGGGAGAAUGAUGCGCUACUUAAAGAAAGGAACGUACAAGUACCGAAUAGGUGUUGGAGCACCAGUUUACAUGGCAGCCGUCAUAGAGUACCUAGCAGCUGAAAUUCUAGAAUUAGCGGGAAAUGCAGCACGAGACAACAAGAAAGGAAGAAUUGCCCCCAGACACAUACUCCUGGCAGUUGCAAAUGAUGAGGAACUGAAUCAGUUGCUAAAAGGUGUGACUAUUGCAAGUGGAGGUGUCCUGCCCAGAAUUCAGCCAGAGCUUCUAGCCAAGAAACGGGGUGCCAAAGGCAAAUCUGAGACCAUCCUUUCCCCUACUCCUGAGAAGAAGGGAAGGAAAUCCAUGGUGAACAAAAAGAGCGGGAAGAAGGCAAAGUCUACCAAGGCCCGGACACCCAAAAAGAACAAACAAAAGGACAAUGAAAAAGAAGGAGCUUCAAAUUCAACAUCUGAAGAUGGACCUGGGGAUGGUUUCACUAUCUUGUCCUCCAAGAGCCUCGUGCCAGGACAAAAGCUUUCUCUGACACAGAGUGACAUCAGCCAUAUUGGCUCCAUGAAAGUAGAAGGCAUCGUUCACCCUACAACUGCUGAAAUAGACCUCAAGGAGGAAAUAGGCAAGGCAUUGGAAAAGGCUGGAGGGAAAGAGUUUUUAGAAACGGUGAAAGAGCUUCGCAAAUCUCAAGGACCUUUGGAAGUUGCUGAAGCUGCACUUACUCAGUCUAGCGGCCUAGCAGCAAAGUUUGUCAUCCACUGUCACAUCCCACAGUGGGGCUCAGACAAGUGUGAAGAGCAGCUUGAAGAGACUAUAAAGAACUGCUUAACAGCCGCAGAAGACAAGAAGUUGAAGUCCGUGGCUUUCCCCCCGUUUCCCAGUGGCAGAAACUGCUUCCCAAAACAGACGGCAGCCCAGGUGACUCUAAGAGCUAUUUCCACCCAUUUUGACGGCACCAGCUCUUCCUCCUUGAAGAACAUUUACUUUCUGCUCUUCGACAGUGAAAGUAUUGGCAUCUAUGUGCAAGAAAUGGCCAAGCUAGACACUAAGUAGCAAUGGCAGCCAAAUGAAACUUUAUUUUUCAACAAACUUGAGUAGCAUUAAAAGCAUUAGAGGUGGGUUUUAUUUUUUCAAUGUGAUGAGGCGGCGGAGUGGUAGUAGUGUGAUGUGUUGUGACUUGAUGAAGAGCUGUGACUAGAGAUGAGAGGGGUUUAGUCCGAUUUCUUCAUGCUGUCAGCAUCCUCUAGCCAUUUAUAUCACCUUAAGCAAUUGAGUUACCAUCUCUUUUCAGGAGUUUGUUUAGUGUCCCUUGUUACUUUAGUUUAGAAAUUUUUAAAGAGUAACCUCAUUUUAGAUUUGUAGUGAUGAAUUUUUCACACACACACUUUAAAGAAAGCUCUUAAAAAUGUUCUGCUCCCUUUUCCCCUCCCUUGAGGGUAGAUGGUAAACUUCUGCCUCCAGCCCACAGCGAAGGGAAAAGGAUUUUAGAAGUGAUGCAUGAGGAGCUUCUGUUUUGCUUUUAACUCACAAUAAUCUCUGUAAUUACUGAGAAUAUUUCAUGGUGAUUUUGUUUGUUUUAUAAGAAAAGAAGAAAAAGAUGUGUCAAGCGUGGUUAUUGUUAUAAACCCUACUUUUGCUCUGGGAAUGUCUCACCUUUAAAAAAAA